UAAUUUGGGAUAGUUUAGGAAUAGAAUUUUGUAGUUUAGAAACUAAUAAUAGUUUUUACUUAUAAUGAAAUACUUUGUCUAUGGCGUAUAGUUAGCCCCUUGAAUCAAUACAAAAUCAUUUGGGAAAGCCAAAAAACCUCGAUUUAGCGCUUGGGAAUUGAUUUUUUAUUUUUUAAAUUUAAUUUUUCCUAAUUUCGGCUUGGAACGAACUUCCGAGCUGGUACAACAGAUUUCUACCUUGUUUUCCUUCCUUUUCCACACAACUUUCAGGUUAUGUCUAUUGUUUCUUUUGGAAACAAAAAAAAGUUGUUAACCGCACAGGCCGGGCCUUAAGGGAAUUCAUGGGGAAGAGGUGAAUAUAUUUUAAAAUAUAUUACGCGAGGGGGUAAAAGUUGCAACAAAAAGUUACUAAUCGCGCGCAGGCCGGGCCGUAAGAACAAUAAACAGCCCCCCCCCCCUCCACUCCGGCCCAUAUACGUUAAAAAGCCCUACUGCCACCAUCCUCUAGCAAACUGUCCCCCAAAAAAUGUUCUCCCGCCGAAAAAAAUCCAACUAGAGCGACAAUCACAAUGUUUUAUCAAUAACAUUAAUUAACGAGCUAAAAAAGUUGUUAAAAAAAUGAGUGAAUUUCGGCUGCACGCUUUGAUAACGGAGCUGACAGCCCUCCUGGGUUCCUCGAGUCCCCCGGAAAAAUUCGUCAACGACGUGGAGCAGGGAGUUUCUGUACCAGAGAACCUCCCCUCGAAAUCUACCCUGAGACAGCUGGAGAAACAUGCACAGAACCCCCAACAAUUUCUCAACAAGUUUGAGGAGCUCAGAGAGAAGAAAGUGGACAGACUGGGAUCAUUUAUGCAGCUGAUACAUCUGAUAUCAUCGGACAAGCACCUUAAAGAGUAUUUGAGCAAGCACUGUAGGCCAAUGGAGCAGAGCAGACUCAGCACCUGGGACAAGAUAACAGCUGAGGACCUCCCCCAGAUCCAGAAGAACGUGAUGAAAGCAGCAGUCGAGGGUGAGAGGAAGCUUAUCAAGCAGGCGAAUGCACUUAGCAAGAGAGGAGGGGAUACCGAACAGGUGAGGCACAACUGGGUGACAGAGAGACCAAGGAUAUCCUGGGAUUUCCAUCCAGAGUUUCUGAACCCCUACCAGAAGGUUGUCCCUGCUGUGUCCCAGGAGGCUAUUCUACUUUGGGACCUUCUGCACUGCCUCAAGGGGAUGAAUGGGUCCUACAUCGUGUCUGAACCCCUUACUGGACCUUAUGAUGUCAAGAGCUUUGUCAUUUCGUCGGAUGUGGGGACUUCUUAUAAGCAAUUGGCUCAGCAGAUACUUCCUCUUGCCAGUUAUUACUCCAUGACUGUCAGAUUUGUAGAGGAAAAAGUUCACGCUGACGAUGGCCAAGUGAACCACGCCCUCCGAGGUGCCCUCAGUUGUUUACUCAAGGAUUACCUCCUAUUCGUCGUACAACUGGAGAUGGAGCAUCGACGGGGCAAGCUGAACCUCCAGAAGCUCUGGUUUUACAUCCAACCAACAAUGUCAACCAUGUCAAUCCUCUCCCAAAUCACCUGCACCAUCUGCAAGGCCAGAGCACGAGGUGGAAAAGUCCUCUCUCUACUCUACGAGCAAGUCAGCAAUAUGAGUGGUGAAGCCAAGUGCAAGGAGCUCUGUCUCUUCCUCAUUCAGUCAGCCAGUGUUCCCUACAUGCAGAUCCUCGAGAAGUGGGUUUAUAAAGGGGUUAUUUGUGACCCCUAUCAGGAGUUUCUUGUUGAGGACAACGAGGUUAUACAGAGGGAGGACUUACCCAUGGACUACUCAGCUGAUUACUGGGAGAAACGCUACACCAUGAGACCAGAGAGGAUUCCAGUAUUUCUGAGUGAACAUGCUCACACUAUUCUCAGGACUGGCAAGUAUUUCAAUGUCAUCAGGCAGUGUGGCAAGACUGUGCAAUGGAGGAAACAAGAGCCUCUUGUGUAUAGGUACAGGGAUCAAAAAUAUAUAUUAGCUAUCGAUGGAGCAUAUUUAGAGGCAGCCAGAACCCUCCUAGAAGUAUUAAUUCACGAGAAUGAUCUCAUGGGAAGACUGAAGAGUGUAAAGAACUACUUCCUCCUGGCUCAAGGGGACUUUGUCGUCCAGUUCUUGAACCUCUGCGAAGCAGAACUAAGCAAGAACAUGUAUGAUAUUGUCCUACACAGACUCGCUUCCCUCCUGGAAGUCGCCCUGAGGACCUCCACAGCUGAUUCAGAUCCCUACAAGGAUGACCUCAAACCUGAACUUCUGCCCUUCGACCUCGAGUACCAAAUGUUCAGAAUUCUGUCGAUUCAGACAAGCGAUGAGAGGGAAUACUGUGCCCAGACUGGGAAAACUCUCACUGGAAUGGAGGCUUUCUCAUUCAAUUAUGAUGUCAAGUGGCCUGUGUCACUCAUCAUUAAUAAGAGGGCUAUUGCCUGCUAUCAGAUGCUCUUCAGGCAUCUCUUUUAUUGCAAGCAUAUCGAGAGGCUCCUCUGCAGGGUCUGGAUGAGCAAUAAAAUCGCCAAGACUUUCACCCAUGAUGUCGCUAUGGCGUACAGACAGGCUUUCUCGUUGAGACAGAGAAUGCUGGACUGUGUUCAACACUUGGAGUAUUAUAUGAUGGUGGAGGUUAUUGAACCUAAUUGGUUGACUUUUAUUAGUAAGAUGAGCAAGGUGAGCAACGUCGAUGAUGUCCUCAGUGUCCACCAGGAUCUCCAAGAUAGCUACCUGAAGGAGUGCAUGUUGACAGAUCCUGAAUUAUUAUCCUGCAUUACUGGAAUUUGUGGGGCUUGCAUGCAAUUUUGCGACUUCAUGCAGCGUAUGAGCCGAUAUUACAUUGACGCAGAAUUGACAUCCAUGAUCGACGAACAUCACCAAGAACACUAUGAACACGAGGAGCACAAAACAAAGCCCAGCAACACUAGCGGCAGCUUUGAGGAGACAAUUGAAUCGUUGGAUGCCAAAUUCACAGAAGUAUUAACUCGUUUAUUGAACAGAAUCUGUGAUCUAGGCUGUGACAACAACAAUGAGAAGCUAUUGAAUGUACUAUGCAGAUUGGACUUUAAUUUGUUCUACACUGAUAUUCUGGUCCGACGGAAUGCAGAGAAGACGACUCAUCCGCAGGAUGUGUCAGGCUGAUGAACGAUACGAAUGAAAAUAAACAAAUGAAACAAAAAGAAGACAAAAGUAAAAGUUGAAAAAAUGGAAAAAUGUAAUUAAGAAAAAUUCUGAUCUGCUUAUCACUCGUUAACGACGUACAAAUCAACGCAAUUGCGUCUAUUUUUUUGAAUGAAGAUUAAUCUGCACCAUUUAAUCAGCAGAUUAUGAUCAUACUUUUGACGUCAUAUCAAUGCUCUCAAACUUAAAAUUGUGUAUGAUAACAAUGAUUAAGAUUAUUUUUUUGAAUAUGAAUAGUUGAAUGAA